AUGCCGGAUGAUGAUGACCACACGAAGAGCAAUCAUAAUUCUAACCGAUAUAAAUUCGUGAGAAACGGCUACUCGUGCGUCCCGGUGGCGUUGUCCGAGGGUUUAGACAUACGACUGAACACCGCUGUGCGAGCGGUACGCUACAGCACCAACGGCGUGGAGGUUUACGCGGCGCCAUCGCGCUCGCCUCAGACAAGCAACACUGUUUACAAGUGCGACGCCGUGCUGGUUACGCUGCCCUUAGGUGUACUCAAGGCCUCGACUGCACCUUCAGCUGUUGCCUUCAAUCCGCCAUUACCCGAGUGGAAGUCACAGGCCAUACAGCGUCUUGGCUUCGGCAAUCUCAACAAGGUCGUGCUUUGCUUCGAGAGGAUUUUCUGGGACCCGUCGGCCAAUCUGUUCGGUCACGUCGGCAGCACGACGGCCUCCCGCGGCGAGCUGUUCCUCUUUUGGAAUCUGUACAAAGCUCCAGUGCUGCUGGCCCUCGUCGCCGGCGAAGCCGCCUGCGUCAUGGAAAACGUCAGUGACGAUGUUAUCGUCGGACGCUGCAUCGCUGUCCUCAAGGGGAUAUUUGGUAAUCAGGUGGUACCACAGCCGCGUGAGAGCGUGGUAACAAGGUGGCGGGCAGAUCCAUGGGCCCGUGGCUCUUACAGCUACGUAGCAGUGGGCAGCUCAGGCAGCGAUUACGAUCUGUUGGCGGCGCCCGUCGCACCGCCAGCACCGACCAAUCAGCCGCCCACCACUACUACCAGUACAGUACCGGCAGCGCAACCCCGCGUCUUCUUCGCCGGUGAGCACACAAUACGUAACUACCCAGCAACGGUGCACGGUGCGUUUCUCAGUGGACUACGCGAAGGUGGCCGUAUCGCAGAUCUGCUAUGCGGAAGCCCAUACGCGGCACCGGCGGGCUUAUCGACGACGCCUGGGCCAGCGAAUCAACAGCAGCAGCAACAGCAGCAGCAGCAGCAGCAGCAGCAGCAAGAGGCGUCGAAUCUGGCUUCCGGGACGACUGCUGCUCCGCAGCAAGCUACCACCGCCGCCGCCGCCGCCGCCGUCGCCACCGCCGCCACCGCCAACACUGUCCCUGUCGCUCCCUGAACCAGCCCACUGACCGCAAUCAAUGCGCCGACCAUGUGUCCUAAUCUUCACGCGUGAACGCUGCGUUGAGUCCUCUCCUCCCUUUAUCUCACGCUACCCUAACCGAGCCUUGUUCCCGCUUUUUUCGCUCCUCUGCGCUUGUCAAUUCACAGCUGAAAACUCUUGUGUGCGGAUAGCCGCUGAUCUGCGCAUGUGUUUAUAUUCCGACGCAGCUCCGACCGCACACUAUGUCAAUUAUUAUGUUUUUCAGCUGUAAAUGUUUACUCUCUUGGAGAAACACAAAGAUAUACGCGUACCGUACGUUUGUUUGAUGGAUAAUGUUGAAGAGUAGGAAAUUAGGUGCAAUUGCGCGUUGCCGUGUGCCCAUGAUUAGCCAGGUAUAGCGUAACAGUAUUUUCAAUUUUUCAUGACUCGGGGGGCUUCACAGCCGAGCAAUCACCUUCAACCGCUCGAUGCUGUUUCUUUUCGUUUUUUCAGCUUAGUACAAUGUUCACUGCAGCAACAAUAUUUUAUUCAUUUUGACUCGAUAACUUCGUAAACAUCGCUUAAAUUGGGGGGAAAAUGUAGAGCGAGCGCGGCGCUUCAUCGUUUUGUCUUCGAGUUGCAAAUCGAGCCCUUGAGAAUUAAUAGGAGAGCGCCACGUUAUAGUAGAUGUAAGCCCGGUUAGAGCACCAGAAAAACCUGUUAGCCGCUAACUUUCGCGCUAAAAUUUGUUACUUCAUUACGCGCGCGGUAAAGCGAGAAAGAGGAAGAGAGAAAGAGAAAGUUACCUCAAAAUGACACGACAUUGCCGCACGACGAUGCAACUUUAACUUUUCGCUUUAGAGUAUUGUCGAGCCGACAAAAGAAAAAACAAAAACUCCUUUUGUUUUAUUAAUUGCUCUUUUGGAAUUCGACGAUGCCAGUCGAUGUAAUCACGCGAAUAAUCAACCAAUAAUUUGCCAGCUCGCCGAAGAAAAUAUAAUUUAAUUAGUAGAGGGUAAUUGAAUUCGAUAUUGUGAUAAACAAUUACACAUAUCGGAAUGUUCAAAAUAACCAAAUGUAAUUAACGUGCUGCAAUUACUGCGACUAAUGGACUAUGUGAAUGAUGCAUUAAAUUUCUAGUGAACGCGGGUGCUUGCGAGCCCAAUGCAAAUAUAAUUCCGAGUAAAUAAACAGAGGUGCCGAGCGUUGCCGCAAAAUAAUCAAAUCCGUUCGCGCGCGAAGCACAGAGACUGAUCGGAGAUUAAAUAAAUGAAAAUCCCCUUUCGCCGAGUGGCUGCAUAACGAAGAGAAAAAUCGCAAAAAUAAAUAAAAUAAAAACAGGUCAAUAAUGAAAUUUUCGCAGAGGCAGAGGGACGACCGCAGCGUCGUCGGCCUCUUCCACGUUGAUUAGUAUCGUCGAGAGACAGUACUCUUCUUCAUGCGGGUGUUAAAUAUUAAUUCCGAGCCUUUUCUCUUUCGCUCGCUCCCAGAACCAUCACCUAUACGCAUCGAGGAGAGUAAUGGAGCACCGAUUUGCUCAGCCGUCAGCCCGCAUCACACAUUUGCGCUAAGACUGAUUGGUUUGCGCCAUCGAAAUGUUUUUCUAAUUUCUUUUCAGUCAAGGAUUCUUCCAGUUUGUAAGUAUGUAGAAGCUUAGGGUCGCGUUUGUUUUCGGCUAUAGUAAUAAUUAACGACGAUGAUGCUAGAGACGACUUAUAGGAUAUCAAAUUUGUUGCACCGGUUUUUUCGAGGAGAAAAUUUGUUUGCUAGAUUGGUAACUACUGAUAAUGUACCGAAUGAUUGAUUGCGUAAGUGCAAGUUUAUUAGAAGAUUGAUCAUAUUUGACUAUAGCGUUUGAGUAUAACAGUGUAUUCAAUUUUUUAAAUUGUGAAUUGCCAAAAUCGAAUGCCUCAUUUAUUGAGUUUUAAAAUUAUUUAGUACAACUUAUUAAACCAGAUUUCUCUGUAAAUAUUUGUUUUCUCGGCAUGUGUUUCUUUCUUUAUUGUUUUUUUACGACUACCUGAGUGUUGAG